GUGACUUGAUUUACAACAGAAUUGAUAGUGACGGGUGUCGAUUUUAUGCCAUCUGUAGCCCAACAUGUAAUAUUGAACGACACGCUGUACAUUGUCCUGUCACUACUUUGCCAGCCACCAGUUCCUCUGAGUGGUCUACAAUAACGACAGCAGCUCCCCCUCCUCCCACUUCUACACGUCCUGCUUUUCAUGGUUGUGUUUCCAAUAUUUACCCUCCUUUACAACCUGGAGAAAGAUUCAAAUUAUCCAACUGUACAGAAGUCAUCUGUAAUGGAGACAACAACAUAGAUGUAGUACCAACAUACUGCCCACCGGUAAAGGAAAUUACCUGUGCAAACAAAUAUCCACCAAUGCUGGUACCUGAUGAAAAUGGAUGCUGUUACCGAUAUGAGUGUCAAUGUGUGUGUAGUGGAUGGGGUGAUCCUCAUUACAUUACUUUUGAUGGAACCUAUUAUACCUUCCUUGAAAACUGCACUUACGUCCUGGUGAAACAGAUUGUCCCUAGAUAUGACAACUUCCGUGUUUACAUUGACAAUUAUUACUGCGAUGCAAAAGAUGGACUCUCCUGCCCUAAAUCUAUUAUUAUUUUCUACAAAUCUGCAGAAGUGGUGCUGACUCGUCAACUCAUGAAUGGUGUGAUGACCAAUGUGAUGUACUUCAACAAAAAGAUUGUUGGACCAGGCUUCAAAAAAGAUGGCAUUUCUUUCUCCACUCUUGGCAUCAAUAUGAUUGUUGAAAUAGAAGAAAUUGGUGCAGUCAUCACCUUUAGUGGUCUCAUUUUCUCUGUCAAGCUCCCAUACAGCAAAUUUGGCAACAACACCGAAGGACAAUGUGGAACAUGUACAAACAAUAAAGAAGAUGAAUGCCGCUUACCAAGUGGUAAGAUCAUUUCCUCCUGUCCCCAAAUGGCUCAUCACUGGAUUGUUGGCAACAACGAGUCAUGCCAUGGAGUGCCAGUACCACCAACUAUAACCACACCUCCACCAAAGCCGCAAUGUCAAACACCUCCGCUCUGCAAACUUAUCUUAAGCGAGGUUUUUGCAGAAUGUCAUACCGUGAUACCACCAGAACCAUUUUUCAAAGGCUGUGUUUUUGAUGGAUGUCGCAUAGACGAUGAAUCCAUGCAGUGUUCCAGUUUGGAGAUGUAUGCUACAGAGUGUGCUGCUAGAGGUGUCUGCAUUGACUGGAGAGGAAUGACCAACAAUACAUGUUCAUUCAGCUGUCCGUCAAGCAUGGUAUACAAGCCGUGUGGGCCCAUUAAUCCAGUUAGCUGUGACCAAAGCUAUGAGCGUCCUGGCUAUGGAGUAACUGAAGGCUGUUUCUGUCCUGAAGGAAUGACACUCCUGCAUGCAGAGAGCAGCAUCUGUGUCUCUGAAUGCUUCUGCAGAGAACCAAAUGGAAUGUCCAGAAAGCCAGGAGAAAAAUGGACAAAAGAUUGCCAGGAAUGUGUCUGUGACAAAAAUACUCUUAAGGUGAAGUGUAAAAAGCACGAAUGUUCUCUGACACAGCAAAUAUUUUGUGAAGAACCAGGUUACAUGCCUGUUGAGAUACCAAUACCAGAAGAUCCAUGCUGUACUAGGACUGAGUGCUACUGCAACACAAGCCUCUGCACUGACAUCACACCCCAGUGCUUAGAGGGACAGGAAAUAAUCACAAUAAUGCCACCUGGAAACUGCUGUCCUAUCUUCGAAUGCAGACAGGGCUGUGUAGUCAACGAAACCUAUUAUGCACCUGGAGCUGCAGUUCCAUCAGGCCCCUGUGAAGAAUGUACCUGCUCUGCAUCCUCUCCCUCAAGGCCUCACCACCUCGCGGUCACAUGCCAGCCUGUUAUCUGUGACACGUACUGCCCACUGGGCUAUAAAUACACUGUGGAACCUGGACAGUGCUGUGGCACGUGCAAGGCAGCGGCUUGUGUAGUGACUGUGGGAGACAACAUUACACACGUGCUCCAUGAAGGAGAACAUUGGAAUCCGCCUGGUGAUAACUGUACUGUUUACACAUGUGAAAAACAUGCUGACCAGUUCAUUCAAGUCAUCAAGGAGGCAAGCUGUCCUGCCUUUAACCAUGAUGAGUGUGAUCCAGAUGAUAUCAGGCUAUCUGAUGAUGGCUGCUGUUUAGUGUGCCGAAGAGCACCGAAACUUUGUAUGAAGUACAAUACGACUACUGUCAUCAACUAUAAUGGCUGUGUGUCUCCUGCACCUGUUGAGAUAACGUACUGUGAAGGCAGCUGUGAUGCUUACUCACGAUAUUCUCAAACGACAAACACCAUGGUGCACAAAUGCUCGUGUUGUCAGGAAAUCAAGACCAGCAACAGAAAGGUGACUCUGAUGUGCAGUGAUGGAACCUCCCUUGAUCACUCCUACACCUACGUGGAGAAAUGCAGCUGUGUGGAUGCUGAGUGCGUUACCCAAGGCAACACCCAACAGGAGACACAGCAGAUAAAGACGUCUCAGGAGCAAGCAAAUGUCAAAAAUUAGAACUAGAGAGAAGU